AUGGGCGCCGUGCAGCCUGCUGCCGCAGCGGCGGUGGCGGCGGAGCCGUCGCCGGCGGACCUGGGCUACCGCAUGCCUGGGGAGUGGGAGCCGCACAAGGGCACGUGGAUGGGCUGGCCGCAGCGGCCCGACAACUGGCGUGACAACGCGGUGCACGUGCAGCGCGAGUUUGUGGCUGUCGCCACCGCCAUCUCCCAGUUUGAGCCCGUCACUGUGUGCGCCAACGAGGAGCAGGUUUCCGCUGCACGCGCCGCGCUGCCGGAGCAGGUGCAAGUGAUGUGCGUCCCUCAGGAUGACUCCUGGUUCCGUGACACUGGGCCCACGUUCAUUGUGAAGGAGGAGGGCGGCUACGGCGGGGAGCGCAGCGUGGCGGGGGUGGACUGGCAGUUCAACGCCUGGGGCGGGCUGGAGGGUGGGCUGUACACUUCCUGGGAGCGGGACCAGCAGGUGGCGGGCACCAUACUGGGCAUGGAGGGGGUGCGGCGCUUUGCCUGCCCCAUUGUCAUGGAGGGCGGCAGCAUACACGUGGAUGGGGAGGGCACGCUGCUGACCACAGGCGAGGCGGUGCUGAGCCGGGAGGACAUAGAGGGCUGGCUGCGCCGCAUGCUGGGCAUUCAGAAAGUCAUCUGGCUGCCCCUGGGGCUGUAUGGCGACGACGACACCAACGGCCACAUCGACAACUUUGCAUGCUUUGCGCGGCCCGGCGUGGUGCUGCUGGCUUGGACCGACGACACCAGCGAUCCGCAGCACAGCAUCUCGGCACAGGCGCUGGAUGUCCUGUCAAAGAGCACCGAUGCCAAGGGCCGCCCGCUGCAGGUGAUCAAACUGCCGCUCCCGCCGCCGCUGCACAUCACCGAGACCGAGGCCAAGGGGGUGGAGGUACUGCACGGGUCCAAGCCUCGCGUGGCUGGAGACCGCAUGGCGGCAUCCUACGCCAACUACUACAUUUGCAAUGGAGGCGUGGUGAUGCCUGCCUUUGGCGGCGAAGCUGCGGCAGCGGACGAGCAGGCGCGACAGGUGCUGGCGGAAGUGUACCCAGAGCGCCGCGUGGUGGCAGUGCAGAGUCGGGAAAUCCUGCUGGGAGGAGGGAACAUCCACUGCAUCACGCAACAACAACCAGCGGAAUAG